AUGGCCGGAGGCAAUCCCGACCAAACUGCAUUAUCAGCUGAGCCUAGGGCACAGCAUUCACGGGAUCAAAGAUCAUCGUCGGAUUCGAGCACAGCACAUCUCUAUUUCUACCAAGAGCUGCGUGCGAGUUGCGGGGAAUCGAAGGCGAACGAGUGGCUCUUACGAAACAUACGAUCUAGCAAGGCAUCAUCAGGUCAAAUAUGUCGAGACAAGGAGAGGAGAAGAUCGUUGAUGUGCCUUGAGAACGCCACAAGUGUGUCUCACAUCAACAUGAGAAAUUGUGGGCUCCGAACGCGGUCAACUAGCGUGGAUCUUCAGAUUCAACCGCCCUCCCCUCAGUCAAUAAGGUCCGAAGAUUCCGUCAUGGACUUGAAAUCCAUUUACAAGUCUUUGAUAGAACAGAAGUGCACAAAUUCUCAAAGUGGGAUUACGAGCCGUGAGCUUAUGGAAUCUGACGACAGCAAGUGCUUCCUUGGGUUACUGUUCACAUCGGAAGCGUGCAACGUCCUCGAUAAGUGCAUUACCUAG